AUGGAACGCGAUAGAGUAGGCAAUGGCUUGUACAUCACUUCCCUCUUUUUUCUCGGGUUACUGACUGCAGCUGUUUUGUCGGCUUCCGCUGCCGAUAUUAUAAAGCAAACUGAGUAUAAGAAUCCGAGACGCUGGCUUUUUCUUUCUCCUGUUAUCGGUGGAUAUUUCCUGAUGGGCAUCACAGCUGCAACGAUAGGCUUCUGUCGCUUGAGAUUUGUCAAAAAAGCCCCUGUAUAUAAUUUUAUUAGUUCAGAAUUAACAAGAGUUUCGAUGAUUGCGCUUGAAGGUGAACCUCGUCCUGAGGAUAAUGGACAACCGGGCUGGGGGCGUCCAGGAUCAUCUCUUGAAAAUAUUCACUUCAGAACUACUAUAUCUCAGACGCCCAGUAUAAUAGAACAAGUUGCGGUCGAGAGUUCAUCCCUCUGGCGACGCCAACCUUCAUUAUCAGUACAUCGAUAUAUUGAAUUUCUGAUUGAAUAUAAUGUGGUUGAUCGUCAAAUCGGGUACCUGUAUAUCGAGGGCUAUGAACGUGCUCGAUUUGGUGAGGACGAGUUCACCGAACAACAGUUUACCGAGUUUUACAAGAUUGUGACUGUUUUAUUGGAGAUGAUUAAAAGGUAA